CCCGUUUCUUCUUUUAAGAAGAAAAAGAUCGAGAAGUCUAAGAUUUAUUGCUUGAGCUCCAAGCGGCCGGAGCGAGGAAUCUGAAUUGAAGCAGCAGCAGCAAGAAUUCGGUUUGUGAUUCUGCGACGGCGGGAAGGAAACCAUGUCGUUUCUGUGGGAAAAGAGUGGGACGUGGAGAUGGAUAGUGAGGAAAACGAGAGACUCGACGCCCUUCUUUGUCACCUUUGCAACGAUAUGCGGUGUGAUUCCUGGAUUCAUUGGCUAUCAAGUUAUGCAGUUCACCAACUCUCGCAAUGAACAGCUCGAAGCAGAACUCCGCCGCAACGCCCGCCCCGAUUCCCUUAUAAUGGGGAAAGUAAAUAAAGAGAGGCUUGCAGAAUAUCUGGGUGAACUGCAGAGAAAAGAGAACACAAAUGACCGAUACGUGGCUGCUCUAAGAGGAGAGACUUUGACAAGGAACCCUUAUGCAGGGGAGACUCAACCAAUUCCAAAGGUAAACAAUGCGGAAACUAAGAAACAAGGCGAGUAGUUGUUAUUAUAUUGAUAAUACAUACCCCCACUUGAUUUUGUAGUUUGUUGUGAUGAAUUUUCUUUACAAACAAAUUCUAAGGUUGCUAAUAAGUUCAGUAUAUAUAUGGUCUUUUCAGCCUUUCAAUGUAAAAGUAGUGCUGAAUGACCCAAUUUCAGUGUUUGGUUAAACCAGUUUUCCGAAUUUUUGGCUCGAUUCUGUGGAUUAUUGAGGUUUAUUCGGUUCAUAUGA